AUAAAAACUUAUUUCGGGGAAUUUCCCGCUGAAAAUUGCGCCAAUUUGCAAUCGAAGAAGAAGUUCAUAUUGGGCUCUCCAAAUUGGGGUUGAAAAGGCCGAAAUUUCUCCCUUCAUCGUCUCCAUGGUCAUGGAAAUCGACUCACCGAAGAAUGUCCACCGCAAGCAGUGUAACUAUGAAAUAUCGGAUGAGCAGUACAAGAUUCAGAAGGAGACGUACAAGGGCCAGCAAUACAGUCACAUUUACUUUGCUAGACUUCACUUAAUGAGAACGAUUCUCCAUUCACUUGUCUCUAACUGGAAACCUCAUUUACCUGUUAGCACUGUCUUGGGGUUGGAGGAAGGCAAGGAAUGUGUCAUUGUUGGAACCGUCUACAAGCACAUGAAACUUAAACCUACCAUUCUGGAUGAGUAUUCAAAGGAGAGAUCUGCCAUCCCACUUGUUAAGCCGCACAACUUUAUGCAUCCAGAUGAUCAUCUUGUAUUGGAAGAUGAAAGUGGCAGAGUAAAGCUUUCUGGGGAUGUGCUUUUACCUUCUGUGUAUGUUACAGGGAUUGUCCUUGCAUUGCAUGGAAAGGAAACUUCCGUUGGUGACUUUUUGGUUUUGGACAUCCUAGAAGCUGACUUGCCACCCCAGAUAGAGCGGCCGCUCAUAUCAAGUGAAGAUAAGUACGUGAUUUUUGUGUCGGGCCUAAGUAUUGGUAGUAGCAUCUCCAAUCCUCUACAGUUUCAGCUCCUUGUUGAUCAUAUAACAGGACAUUUAGGGGAUGAGAAGGAACAGGGGAUUGCGGCUCAAAUAGUUCAUGUUGUCAUUUGUGGAAACUCUGUUGAAAUUCCUCGAGGAAUUUUAAAUGGGCAGCAUUUGUCUGCAAAGGACCAAACAAAGCUGACAGAACCGCUUAAAGAGCUAGACAUCCAAUUGAAUCAGCUUGCUGCAGGUUUACCUGUGGACAUCAUGCCGGGAUCCAGUGACCCAGCCAAUUUUUCCUUGCCUCAGCAGCCUUUGCACAGAUGCCUUUUUCCUGGAUCAUCAGCUUAUAACACUUUCAGAUCUUGCACUAACCCUCAUUGUUUUGAGCUUGAUAAUUUGAGGUUUCUUGGAACAUCAGGUCAGAAUGUAGAUAAUCUCGAGAAGUACUCAGAGGCUAAAGAUAAACUAGAAUUUAUGGAGAGGACUUUGAGAUGGAGACAUCUAGCACCAACUGCUCCAAAUACUCUUGGUUGUUAUCCAUUCACUGACCGAGAUCCUUUCCUGAUCGAGAGCUGUCCUCAUGUUUAUUUUAUUGGGAAUCAGGACAAGUUUGAUACUCGUUUAAUAAAGGGAGCUGAAGGGCAGAUGGUAAGACUCAUUGCGAUUCCAAGAUUUUGUGAGACGGGGAUUGCCGUAAUGCUUAACUUGAGAAACCUUGAAUGCCACACUCUGAGUUUUGGGACUGAAUUCAGCUGAACAUUAUGAUGAAUGAAUCUCGAAAGGAUACCGAGAAUCUGGUUUUCCAGGAAAGUGAUUAUCAUCUAAAAGUACCUGCUUCUAUGAAAGUGGAGCAAAUGCGACCUUUAAUGGAAAUUUUAGAGGUUUGUUUUAUGGUGUGAAAGGGGUUUGGAUUGAAAUGCAGAAUCAUCUCCAUUUUCCCAAACAAUAGAUCACAUUUUCUAGGGAGAAUCACCUUGGGGGGGAAGAGUUAAAUAAAAAAAACUGAAUAGUCAUCCUCCAAACUCCAAAGUCCAAACAUAUUAAUUGGCUCUGUUUCUGGUAGGUCCAGCCUCAACAGUGUAGAAAUUUGUAGUGUUGGCUUCAGAUUUGUAUGUGCCAUAGAAGCAUAUGCUUUUUCACUGCUAAUAUAUACAUUAGUUUGUGUUUUGAGUUU